AUGGCUCCCGACAGAGGCGCAGCCUCUCACACCCACUCCCCCUCCACGUCCGAUAUUGAAGAUCAUGAAUUGCUUCCGCAGGCCGGUCAACAGCAAGAUAUCUCCCGCGUACAAUCUGACCAUGCCCGCUAUGCCGUCCCUGGCGCGUAUGACUCGGCUUUGGAUGGGACAAAUUUUACAUUUCGAGGUGUUGCCGUAGGCACAGGCAUUGGAGUUCUCAUCGCCUUUUCCAAUACAUACUUUGGCCUGCAAACCGGAUGGGUGUCUGGGAUGGCAAUGCCAGCCUCUCUGAUCGGAUUCGCCGUCUUCAAGUCGCUAUCUCGCUUUUUGGUCCUCCCUUUUACGCCCGUGGAGAAUGUCCUAGUCCAGACGGUUGCUGGGGCGGUUGGCACUAUGCCACUGGGACUGGGGUUCGUUGGCGUUAUGCCCAGCAUACAGUUUCUGCUUAAAGAGAGUGAGGGUGCCCCGGUUGACCUGAGUCUCUGGAGGCUGUUUGUCUGGGGCAUUGGGCUCUGCUUGUUUGGCGUCGUGUUCGGAGUCCCCUUACGAAAACAGGUCAUUAUCCGCGAGCGCCUCAAGUUUCCCAGUGGGACUGCGACAGCCCUCAUGAUAAGUGUUCUGCAUGGUGGUUCCAAGAGCGAAGAGGCCAAGGAUCGAGAAAUCGAAACCCAAGGGACCGAAGAACGCGAGGAACUGUUGAGGGAAAGCGACCGAGACAACCAACCAGAACAGGCGGAAGGACGUGAUAUGCGAGGAGACUGGAAAAGGCAAAUUCGACUUCUCGUGGUUGCCUUCCUUGGCUCCGGCGCAUACACCCUGGUUCAAUACUUUCUUCCUAUUUUCCACAAACUGCCCGUCUUUGGCACCCACCUGGCGAACAAGUGGGAAUGGACACUCAAUCCUUCGCCCGCAUAUGUUGGUCAAGGUAUUAUCAUGGGACCUGCCACCACAUUCCAUAUGCUUCUUGGUGCUAUUUUAGGAUGGGCCAUAUUGAGUCCUAUAGCCAAGCACAACGGGUGGGCGCCAGGACCUGUGGACGACUGGGAGACAGGGAGCAAGGGCUGGAUCGUCUGGGUCAGCCUGGCAAUCAUGUUGGCCGAUGCAGUCGUCAAUCUGGGUUGGCUGUUCCUUCGCCCAACCAUUCACUAUGGUCCGGGUUGGAUCAAGUCUCUCCACGGGCACUACAGGGAUAGCCCUUCCUGGUCCGACUUCUUACUCGGUAAACAACUUGCCGGUUAUAUCUCCCUCGAGUCAUCCGCACACGCGCCUCCGUCUUCUGCUACCGCCAACCCGACAAAGACGACACCUGACGAUCCUCCUGACGAUGCACCGCCUCACCACCUCGUGACCACGCGAACCGUCGCCAUCUUCCUUCCCAUCACGCUGAUCCUUUGCGUUGUAUGCAUCCACAUAACCUUUGGCGAUUACAUCCCUAUCGGACUCAACAUUCUUGCCAUCCUUCUCGCCUUGGUCCUGUCCAUCAUGGGGGUCCGCGCACUUGGGGAAACCGAUUUGAACCCCGUUUCCGGAAUCUCGAAGCUCACCCAAUUGGUGUUUGCCUUGAUCACACCAACUGGUCCACAUGCAAACCACAGCAUAAUCAUCAAUCUGCUCGCAGGAGCUGUAAGCGAAGCGGGAGCACUUCAAGCUGGCGACAUCCUCCAAGAUCUCAAAGCCGGACAUUUAAUUGGGGCGUCACCCAAAGCACAAUUCUAUGGUCAGCUUAUAGGGAGUGUCGUGGGUGCUUUUGUCUCUGCUGCAGUCUACAAGUUGUACGUCUCCGUCUACCCCAUCCCAGGGGACUUGUUUGAGAUACCCACAGCCUAUGUUUGGAUCUUCACUGCACGAUUGGUGACGGGCAAGGGUCUUCCUCCCAUGGCCUGGCAGUUCGCCCUCCUCUUUGGCAUGGUAUUUGUCCUCACAACCACUGUGCGGAUAUACCUACUCGCAUAUAGGGAUUCCAAGCCCUGGUGUAAGGCUUUGCACCCGUGGAUCCCAGGAGGUAUUGCAGUGGCAGUGGGCAUGUACAACACUCCCAGCUUCACACUGGCGAGGACUGUGGGCGGCGUGAUCUCUCUCUGUGACGGGGUCGCCCUGGGAGUCAUCGAUUGGUAUGGGCCCGACGACCCGGAGAACCCAUACAACUGGCCCCUGCGCAAGAAGUGGACAAUCACCGCGGUAGGGAUCCUGGCGACGUUCACGACGAUCCUGAACGGAACCAUGAUCACCGUCGCCCACGAGGCUAUCAACAAUGAGUUCGGCGUCAGUGACUCCAAAUUUCCAAACUCGUACUGGCCCGUCACUAGUUGGGCCUUGGGGGGCGGCUUGUGUGGCCUGGUCGUUCUGCCUCUGAUGGAGGAUUUUGGUGUGCGGCCCGCAUUCCUUCUCACAUACAUCGUCUUCAUCUGCUUCAUCAUCCCACAGGCAGUGGCGCAAAAUUUCGCCACGCUGAUCGUCUCGCGGUUCUUCUCCGGUGGUUGCGUGUCUGUCCUCGCCAACACCGCUGCAGCCUUGAUCGGCAACAUCUGGGAAGGCGACCGCGCUCGCACCAUCCCUAUGAGCCUCUUCGUCACUCUCUACCUUGCAGGGAGUAGCACGGGACCUGUUAUUGCGGGUGUCAUAUUCGAAAACCUGUCGUGGCGAUGGAUCUCGUACAUCCAGCUGAUCUGGUAUGGCGCUCUCUUUCCCAUCUACAUCUUCUUUUUCCAGGAGAGCAGGGGUUCCAUCAUCCUUCAAAAGCGUGCUUUGAAGCUACAGAAGGCGGGCGUCGCAAUACUGGGCCCACACGACGGAGGCCAUCUGAGUCUGCCACGCAAGUUGAUUCGGAGCACGAAGCGGCCGUUGCGGAUGCUCCUCACCGAACCGGUCCUCUUUGUCUUCACACUCUGGUCAGCUUUCAUGGUCGGUACCGUUUAUCUCUUCACCCAGUCCGUCGAGCAGGUCUUCGCUGGGUUGUACGGCUGGUCAGCCUCACAGGCUGGCUAUGUCCAAGCCGCAGUCGUUGUAGGCGAGUUCGUCGGCUGGACUGGAGUUCUCAUCAAUGCAAAGCUUUACUUCGCCUCAGUGUCCCGCAAUACGGAAGUGCCAGGGACACCCAUACCCGAAGCUCGACUGUAUGUGAGUGUUUUCGGAAGUUUCGUCGGCGUGGCCGGUGGUAUGUUUGUGUAUGGAUGGACCUCCUACCCUUCCGCACCCUGGAUCGCACCGGCAAUUGGCCUCGCCAUGGUCGGGUACGGGGUGAACGUGGUGGUGGUAGCAAUCGCCGACUAUGUGGUGGACGCAUACGCCAAGUACGCUGGUAGUGCGUGUGCAGCCGUCGUGCUGGGCGAGAACCUGUUCUCAGCCUUUUUACCCCUCGCCGCGCAGAGCAUGUACACCGAUCUCGGCUUUCGUUGGGCCAGCAGCCUGUUGGGCUUCCUGGCUCUACUCCUCUCCUUUGCGCCCGUGUGUAUAUUGUUCGCGGGCCGGCGACUGAGGCAGCGGAGCCCUUUUAUGAAGGAGGCGAUUGUUCUGAGGAGGGAAUACUCGCGCGCGAAUUGA